AUGGCUGAACCAGCGCCUACCAUCUACGAGGAAGUUACCCACAAGAAGGUAGCAGGCCGAUUGCUAGUCUCGGAAACAGGCCUGGCAUUCCAUCCCACCACCGCUGCCACUGGACCACCCACCAACAGCAUUCCUUGGAACAUGUUGACCAAACAUCAAGUCAGCCCUGUCAAUUAUCCACGAUCUCUAUUGAAAAUGGUGCUUGCAGAUGGGAAAUCCACUACAUUUCAGUUAUCUUCUAGACAAGAACUGGAACAGAUCCGCAAAGAAGUCACUACCCGACUCCAAACUUUUCGUACCCAACAACAACAGGAGCAACAGGAGCAACAACAACAACAACGACCAGCGGUGGCUGCUCUCUCCAAGAAGAGAUCCCAUUCGGAAAUGAAUACCCCUGUUGGCAAGACGACUUCGACUUCCUUUGGAGUAUUGGAUCCGACCGCAUUGGCAGUGACUCGAUCGUCCCUGUUGGCGGCCAAUCCUGGACUGCGGACCCAACAUCAAUAUUUGGUACAAGAGACUCAGACAAUGGCGGAGGAUGACUUUUGGGCGACUCAUCAAGACUUACUCGAAGAAGAAUAUGCUCGCAUUUCGGGCAUGACACGGGCCGGAACUUCCUCACUUCUUCAGAGUCAUCUCAAACUCUUGACGGGGCGGGUCACUUUGGGAGUCGAAGAAAUGCGGCAAAUUUUCAUCUUGUAUCCUGCCGUUCACAAAGCAUACGAAGAAAAGGUACCUUUGGAACUGAGCGAUGAACAAUUUUGGCGGAAAUAUCUGGAAUCGGAAUACUUUCAUCGGGAUCGAGGACGAAUCGGUGCCGCCAGUCGGAACAGUUCGAGUUCGAACAAGAAAAAGAGCAAGGGACCUACACUGGAAGAACAAGAAGCACGGGCCGCAGCAGUGGGAACGGAUGAUAUCUUUAGUCGUUAUGAUCAGAAAAUAAAAGAGGCCAAAAACAGCGAAGAAGGAUCCCGCAAAUGGGGUACGAAUCUAGCGAUAGGCCAAUUCGAUCUUGCUUCCACUUUUGCCACGGAACGAGGCAAUCUUCUUGAAGGUCCCAAGGACAAUCAUCCUCAAUCUUCCAGUGAUAGCAAAGGAGCCAAGGUCAUUCAGAAAUACAAUCGUCACUGGGCCAUGGUCAUGCACCCCGAAGAUGCAGUGGCCGGAAGUGAUCUCAUGCAAGUGGCACGACAAAGUGUCAAGGAUGUCUUGCCAGGCGAUCAAGAUGCUCAAGCAGGUGGUGGCAUGGACGAUGAAAUGCAACGAUUGGUGGGCUUUGCCAUGGCAUCUUCCCAAGAAGCCAAUCAUGCGCUAGGAAUUGGAUUGCAAGAUUCGGACGAGCAGUACGAACCACUCACCUUGAAGAAUAUCGAAGUGUAUUAUUCGCUACACCGAUCAGUGGCGGAGCAAGCCAAUAAUCGACCCUCUGACAAACUGGACGAGAGCGAGAAACGCAAGCGCAACAUGGUCCUGGCGGAAACCAUUGUGGGCAAAAUGAAGGCUCUGGAAGCCUUGACAGUCAAGGCACAUACGGAACGGGGAGAACAUCGGAUUGAAGAAGCCUUUCCGCCAACCAAACUUGGGACUAGCCUGUUGCAGGCUCUGACCAAGAAGAUGGCGUCCGACUCGAAAACGGAUGCGGAUACUCUGGAAGUGGUUAAUGCCUUGCCAGACGACUUUAAGAAAAGGAUUCAUUCUUACUUUCGACGAACUUCGGAAUUGCUCCGCCACUUUUUUGGCCUGCGCAAACUGGCAGAAGCCCAAGGCAACAAUGCUUACCAACAAAAACUCAAAAGAAUUGUCACAGGCAUGGAGACAGUCUACCGAGACAUUGAAGGCAUGCGUAAAGAGUUUGAAGCCACGGGCGAUUUGGGAGAAACCAUGCGAAAAAUGUGUCUCCAGAUUAUGGAUCAAGUGGAACGAGCUUUCAAGUUGCAUAGAGAAGGAACUGGAGGCAGUGGCGGAGGCGGUUUUGUGACCAUUGAGGAGUUUUAA